GGGACGAAGGAGGCCUCGACAUCUCGCCCCCCUCUUGAGGGAAAUGUCAGGAUGAACACAGGCCAGCAGAAAAGCCUCGCCGUGCAGUGUAAUGCACAGAGUUUGGUAACAGCGGAAGUGUUUGGCGUGAGUGUGAGUGACUCUCCAGCGGGGACUCGGCUGACAUGAUGUGGACUCGGCUGUUGGUUGGUUUCGGGGUGUCGGGGCUCGGGCCGCGGGUUUCCCGGGACUGUUUGCUGCGGGUGAGUGGAGCGGGAUGUGCGGGGAGGAUUCAGCAGCAGGAGACGAGACAAGCUUCAACUUCAGAGGCCGUGCAGAAGAAGACUCCACUGUUUGACUUCCACAGGGAACAUGGAGGAAAGAUGGUGGAGUUUGCAGGCUGGAGUAUGCCAGUCCAGUACAAAGACAGUCACAUCGCCUCACACAUGCACACCAGAGAGCACUGCUCCAUCUUUGACGUCAGUCACAUGCUGCAGUCCAAAGUCCAUGGCAAAGACAGAGUGAAGUUCAUGGAAUCUCUGGUGGUUGCAGAUAUUGCAGAACUCAAGGACAACCAGGGCACUCUGUCUCUCUUCACCAAUGAGAAAGGAGGGAUUAUUGACGACCUUAUAGUAACGAGGACAGACCAGGGCUACCUCUAUGUUGUGUCCAACGCUGGCUGUGCUGACAAGGACUCGGCUCAUAUGAAGAGUAGAUUGGCAGAGUUCAAAGCUGCAGGGUUUGAUGUGGAUCUGGAGUUCCUUGAUGAAUCACUGAUUGCUCUGCAAGGCCCGUCUAUGUCAGGCGUGCUGCAGCAGGGACUGACAGACGACCUCAGUAAGCUGACCUUCAUGACCUCUGCCCUGGCCACUGUGUUCGGUGUUCCUGGCUGCAGAGUCACUCGCUGUGGAUACACGGGAGAGGACGGGGUGGAGAUCUCCGUCCCUCAGUCCAGAGUGGUGGAGCUGACGGAGAAACUGCUUGCUCACAGUGAGGUGAAGCUCGCCGGCCUCGGAGCCAGGGACAGUUUGAGGCUAGAAGCCGGGCUUUGUCUCUAUGGCAACGACAUAGACGAGACCACCACACCUGUGGAGGCCACGCUGGUCUGGACCAUAGGUAAGCGUCGUCGUCAGAUGAAGGAUUUCCCCGGCGCUAACAUCAUUGUACCGCAGAUAAAAGCCAAAACGGCCAGGAAGAGAGUCGGUCUGGUGUCCAGUGGCCCCCCCGUCAGACAACACACCCCCAUUCUCAGCCCUGAGGGGAAGGUUAUAGGUGAGGUGACCAGUGGCUGCCCUUCUCCCUGCCUGAAAAAGAACGUUGCCAUGGGUUACGUGGAGUCAGCGUUCGCUAAGAAUGGAACAAACAUCCAGGUUGAGGUCAGGAAGAAAGCCGUGCCAGCCACUGUCAGCAAGAUGCCCUUUUUCCCCACCAACUACUACUCUGGAUAAGAGUCACUCACUCACACACACACUGGAGUUCCCCUCUAUGUAGUGCCUUAUAUAGAAAUGCUGCCCCCUUCUGUUUUAUUACCAGAUAUGCAACACCAGUAGAAGACUGAAAAUCUUAAAUUGUCUGAUAACAUUUCACGGGCAGAAGGCAAAACUUUACUUUUAGCCACUUCACCAAAGGUUCACCAAAUAAAAUCUAUGCCAGCUUCAGUCUACGUUAUCUCAUUAAUAUAGAUGACACUAAUGAUUUUACAUCAGGGCACACAGGAGUUGUUAAUCCACUGCUGCUUUCAUCCGUGUGCUCAAAUGUGUCAUUCAAUGACUUCAGUGUUUGAAAUCCUUUGUUUGGAUUUACCUCAGUGACACAAAUUUACCAGACGAGGCAGCAGUGAGCUAAAAAUGCUGUUUUUCUCUAUGGACUUUGGUGCAGGAAAGUGAGCGUUUUCUGGUUUAAGAGUCUUAAUGAUAUCAUAAACUUAAACUUAACAGCUAGUGUUUUUGGCUUUUAAUUUCUAGAAUAUUUUAUCCUUUUUUUCAUGCAUAUUGUUAAAUAUGUAUGCCAUUUUAUUUUCAGCCUAUUGUUAGUUAGCUAAAAUACUCACACUAAGACACCUAUGCACAAACAUGUGCUCAUUGAAACCCAUUCCAAUCACUAUUUGUGAUGCGUCGUAAAAAAAAAACUAGGCAGUUUAAGGGUUAAAAACUUAAAAAUAAUUGAAAGUGUAUUGAAAAUAAUGAAUUCAUUCACAUUUGAUAUAGAAAGGACUGAUGUUGGUUUGAAGCAUACAAAAAUGCAUACAAUGUUUGUUGCUUAAUUGUUUAUGAACACAUGUUGGUGCUCUGGGUGUGUUCAUGUAACUUUUUUGAAGGCGCAUCGACGGGUUAAGCAGGCAUAGACUUUAUUCCAUGAGACUUUUGUUGUGUUUUCUUAUCGGUGAGAGAAGUUCUCUCUUCAAAGUCAACAACUCAUGCAACAGCACUUCAAAAAACGUGACCCAUGCCCAUAACUGUCGAACAAUAUUUUACAUUUACAAUACGUGGACUUAUUUAAGUCUCUCACACAAACAUACUCACUGGAAACUGUCUCUUUAUACACAGUCAGUAUUGUACAAUGCGUCGUGGAAACUUAUUCACGAAUUACAAGCCGUGUUCUUGCGUCUGAGACUGAAUAUAUGCUCUGUAGUUUAAGGUCUGUGUCAACAAUCAAGAACAAAAACCCUGAGGACACUUUGUUGUAGAACGCAGGUUUUUGCAGGUGAAAUGUGACUGAAUUUUCAUCUGCCUCUGGACCAAAAACAAACAACAAAAUCCAAAUCCUUGUGGCAGUAAUAAUCUCUACAUGUUUGCAUAUUUUUUUGUUCUUCAGGACUUUUACAUUAUCACAGAGCCAAAUUUCUAUUCAUAUUUUAGUUCGUUAUGAACACUUUGAUUAAAGUGGAUAAACGUAAACGUCUCUGCUUGGAAUAUGAUAAUUAACUCAAAUAUGUGAAUCCAGUUUGUGGAAAUAUCUAUUUGUUGUGUUCAUUUCAGAAGGUUUUAGGAGAAAAAUAACCAGAUUUAUAAUUAUUUGUGUAGUAUGAAGUUUAAUUAAGAUUAAAUGACUGAAGAUUAACUGUGUUCUAUCUGGCCACUGAAGGAAUGUAAUAUUUUUUCUAAAAUUUAAUAAAUUUCUUUAUUAAUA